CGGCUGCCGGCCUAUUUGCCAGCCAACUUGGGGGACAGCGUUUCAGGGGGAAACCUGCCGGGAACCACCAGGAACUGCCUCCGAACGAACGAAUGGAUGGAUUUAGAUGGUAGAGACUGUCUCAAGAACGAUAUGUCGGAUGCGGGCUCGAUGGCCGAGAGAGAACCAACAGCAGCAACUAUUCCAUCGGGUCAGGGGCCUCUUGAGAGCUAACCGCGCCAGCCAAGCCUCCCAGCUUUUCCUCGCCGACUUCGACCGACAGCUGCUCCGAACGAGCCCCCAGCCGGGAGACCGAUGCAAACAACAAGCCGAUGACUGGCUCUGGCGCACCGCCGUCCUCUUCCGAUCCUACAACCAGCCCGACCUGGCCCUCCGGCUCUUCACUCAGCUCAAGACCAGGCUCCCAGUGCCCAUCGAAGCCCUCGUCUCCGCCCUCCAAGCCUCGAGCGAUCUCGUCUGGAAAGCUCCCGAAGAUCGCCAUCAACCAUCCAUCCCUCUCACCCCAAACGCAUUCGACCACCUCCAUCAUUCGCAGCUCGCCCAUUCCCUGCUCGACCUCUCCAACCAUCCCCUGCUCCUCGCCCAAAAACCUUCCCCCAAGCUCGCCCUACCAGGACAUCAUCUUCAAAAAAACCACUCUCAACAACACGACCUCCUUCCGUCUUCCCCCCAGAAGAAGAACACCCGGGCCCUCGAAGUCAUCCUUGCAAAUAUCUUGAAGCUCGGUGAUAUGGACUGGAUCGUCUCCAUCUUCCGCGACUUUUAUCCAGCCUACACCGACCAACUCGGGCGAUACCUAUACCCCCCAUCACCCUCACCCUCACCCUCAUCAUCAUCAUCAUCUUCUUCUUGUUGUUCGAGAACGACAGCGAGCGAUGGCUCGUUAAGUGUUGAUGAGAUACCUUCAGGCCGAUUAGUGAAGUAUCUGGUGAGCGGAUAUAUGGCCUGUAAGGACGUACGCCGGGCCUAUUUAGUGGUUCGAUUUCACGGAAGGAUGGUAGAUCGAGUAGGGAGGGAUGAGGAAGAAGCAGACUUGACGGCGGAGGUGACGUUUCUACGACUAGUGUCACGGACGAGUGUAGGCAGUAUGGAGCGCCGGAUGGGGAUGAUUGUGAAGGUGCUUGAGCGGAUGCGGGAGGGAAUGAAAGAGCUAGACAGCUACGGCGUGGAGGGACUGAUGGAGAUGCGGUAUCGGAUGCGAGCCGGCUGGGCCUUCCGGCGUCGCCAGGAAGCCACGCUUGCCAUCCUCGCCGCCGUCCUCGACCGCGCCCUGGCCCUCUUCCUCCUCCACCGUGCCCGGCCCUCCUCCUUCCCCUCUUCCAACUCCAACGCGCUCAUCCAUGGCCCACACCAAGGCCAACAUGCGGUCUCCUCCUGGAAAUAUCGGCCCUCACCCGCCCUCUUCGGGAUCCUGCUACGCGCCCUGCGCGACCUGCUUCGCUUCCAAACUCGCCCCAUCCCUCGUCCUCCCUCGCCCUCUCUUCAUCAGCAUCAAGAUGACCAUACGCUCCCGCUCGAGGUGCCAAAAACGGCCAAGAAACGAAGACCGUCUCCUGGCCUCCAUCGCGCCCUCCUCGCCCAAAUCCUCGCCUUCGACCAUCUCAACCGAUCCAUCUGUCCUUCUCCUCCCAAGUCGAGCUCGAUCAAUGGCCGUCCAAACCAGCAAGACCCGGCGCACACUCGGGAGGAGGAAAGCCUGGACAGACUGCCCAUUCGGCUCGACCUUCUCACGCCGAAGACCGUGAUGCUCCUGGUCGAAUGUCUGUUGUUGGCUCGCGACUAUGUUGCGCUCUGGGUCCUGCUCAAUCGGCCCUCCCUUUCUACGGACAUCCGACGCCAAGCGCUCCCAUCCAUCACCAAGACUCGUCGCAUCCUCCAGCUCAAUUCGAACUCUCCCUCUCCGCUUCUUGAGAGUCAGCUGCUUCAGCAACUCGACCCCCUCCACAGCAUCAGACUCCAACUCGCUCAUUGCUUCACUCUCGACUUCAGCGCCGUCCAUCGGUCGCUGCGUUGGGAAACUGAGGAACGAUCCAUUCAUGCCAGAAUCGUCGCUGAGAUCGCCAAGUUGGACCGCCCCUUCUUGCAUUCUUUCGCCCUCUCUCAGUUCUCCUUAGAAUUUUUGAGGAAAGAGUUUGGGAAAGAGCAACUAGAUCUUCUGUCAUAUGGAAUGUCGUACGAUACCGCUGGCGCCGUCAUGUGAACCCUCCUUCUUAUUCGGGCUCGAUCCCUUCGAACCAGCGUCCUCUUCGAACCGUUGAUAGUGCACCGGAUGACAGGCCUGCAUGCUUGGAUGCGGCUCGUCCUGACAUGUGACUCUCCUCUUCCGCUCUGCGAUCCUCAUCUUCUUUCCCGUCUUUCUCAUGUGUACUUCUGAACAGCCAUCCACACACACUCUCUCUAUACCAUAUUUAUCAUGUAAUAUAUAUGUCGUCACGUUUCGGUGCUUGCAUGUAAUCCAUUUUUCUUGGGCGAACUUGAUUGGAGAAGAAUGGCGUCGUGUCAAGAGCCUUGCAAUGCAAUGCAGACCUUGUGUCUCAACUUGUGUGGCUUCCAGACUUCAA